AUGCCCUCAAACACUGGAGAGACAUUCAUGCACAAUGGCGAACCCAAUUCAAAUGAUGGGGAGCCACUGCCCUCAAACACCAACUUCCAGAUGGACCAUGACAGUUUCCCAACAAACAGCAAUGGUACUGUGGGUGACAAUACAGCCCCAGAUGUCAGUGGGGAUGUGAAUGAAGUCUACCGUGACUAUCACCUUGAGCUUGAUGCAGGCAAUUUCAUUCCCGCAGAUACCAUACCCCCUCCCUCAACAUCAAAACAAUCAGACGACUGGACACCUUACCAUAGCCAAAUGGAGUUCAAAACAGCAAAUUUUUUGUACAACAAGGUCCAGAUGUCUGCUGGUAACAUCGAUAAAUUGAUGCAUUUGUGGGGCCUCAGUCUCACACAACACAAAGAUGCCCCUCCUUUUGCAGACCAUCAGGACCUAUAUUUGACUAUCGAUAAAACACUGAUUGGAGAUGUCACUUGGCAAAGUUUUUCAAUGCAAUACACUGCUGAUGUGGAUCCCACUAGCAAUCCCACACCAUGGAUGAACGCAACAUACACUACAUGGUUCCGUGACCCACGUGCUAUCAUCCGCAACAUGUUGGGCAAUCCUGACUUCAAAAAUGAGAUGGAUUAUGCGCCAUAUUGUGAGUGGAAAGGCCAGGGUGAUAGUGCAACUCGCCAAUGGCACAAUGUGAUGUCGGGUGAUUGGGCCUGGGACCAAAUGGAUGAGAUUGCCAAAGAUACGACCACACAUGGAUCAACAUUUGUCCCAGUCAUUCUCGGAAGCGACAAAAUGACUGUCUCGGUGGCAACAGGACAAAAUGACUACUAUCCUCUGUAUGCCUCGAUCAGAAACAUUCAUAACAAUGUCCAACGUGCUCACUGUAAUGCUGUAGCCGUCAUUGGCUUUUUGGCUAUUCCAAAAAAUGAUCCAAAUUUCCAAAAAUUCAAGAAGCAAUUAUUUCAUUCUUCACUGUCAAGGAUCUUAUCAUCGCUCAAGCCUGCUAUGUCUGUCCCUGAGGUUGUUCAAUUUGGGGAUGGGCAUUUUAGAUGUGUAGUGUAUGGUCUUGGUCCCUACAUUGCUGAUUAUCCCAAACAACUUGUCCUCGGUUGUGUCGUUCAAAAUUGGUGCGCAAAAUGCUUCGCUUAUCCUGACAAUUUAGAUAGCGGUGAGGGUGGGCUUCGUUCACGGGAAGUUGUAGAUACCCUUUGUGAUGAAGUUGACUCUGGAGUACUCUGGGAUGAAUGGGGAGUUAUCAGCGAUAUACCUUUCACCAAUGACUUCCCUCAUGCUGACAUUCACCAGCUUCUUGCACUGGACAUCCUGCAUCAAGUCAUCAAGGGAGCUUUUGAAGACCACCUCAUGUUACGACUUGGAUGGUAUCUGUUGGCAACGCUCAAACAGAGCGUGUGUCGUCAACGGUCGAGGACGUCCUUGGGCUAG